GCGGGCCGUGUGACGUCGUGCCGAAGCUCUCGCUGUUUAUUGUUCCUUCCUUGAGCAGCGGCUGAGAAAAACAGGCUAACAGGCUGUCAGCUACCUUACUCGCACGGUUCACGGUCGGUUUUACAAAGGUGUAAGGGUCGAGACAGCUGACUGCACAAACCAGGGGCCAUGGCGUACGCGUACCUCUUCAAAUACAUCAUCAUCGGAGACACGGGUGUUGGAAAAUCAUGUCUAUUACUACAGUUCACAGACAAGAGGUUUCAGCCGGUUCAUGACCUGACCAUCGGUGUGGAGUUUGGAGCACGGAUGAUCACUAUAGAUGGCAAACAGAUCAAAUUGCAGAUCUGGGAUACGGCUGGUCAGGAGUCGUUCCGGUCCAUCACCAGGUCUUACUACAGAGGAGCAGCCGGCGCACUGCUAGUCUAUGACAUCACAAGAAGGGACACCUUCAACCACUUGACGACCUGGUUAGAGGACGCCCGCCAACAUUCCAACUCCAAUAUGGUCAUCAUGCUCAUUGGCAACAAGAGUGACCUGGAGUCGAGGAGAGAGGUGAAGAAAGAGGAAGGGGAAGCAUUUGCCAGAGAACACGGCCUCAUAUUCAUGGAGACUUCAGCCAAGACUGCCUCUAACGUAGAGGAGGCUUUCAUCAACACAGCCAAGGAGAUCUAUGAGAAGAUUCAGGAGGGAGUGUUUGAUAUCAACAACGAGGCUAAUGGUAUUAAGAUUGGACCCCAGCAUCCCACCACCAACUCCACACUCUCCAGUAGCCAGGGAAGCCACCAGGCUGGAGGGGGCUGCUGCUGAAGCCCCAAGACACAACUCCUCCUCCUCCUCCUCCUCCUCCUCCUCCUCCCCCUCCCCCGCCUCAACGUUAUUUGCUGUGUUUGUUCUUUGGAAAAAACAAAACCUAAAAAAAAGAAAAAAUGAAAAUGCUAUCACAAUAAACUAUAAUAAAACAUUCUAAACUCUAAACAUGUCAUUUUGAUGGUUGUGUGGAGAUGGAAAAAAAAA